GUUGAAUGUUUACAGGACUGUUUGAGGAUAGCGUCGAUGCUAGCACUUUGGCUCUGCACAAAGAAUUUAAAGAGAAUGUUUCAGGCUUCGUCGUGAAUCUUUAAACAUGAGUGGUGUAUCAUUUGUAUCAGAGACCGAAAUCGAGGAUGUACGCAAAAAGAAACAGGAAGAAUGGGAGAAAGUUAGAAAAGAAAGCGAUCCAAUCGGUAAGCUAAAUUAUUUGGUCGAAGAUUUCCUGGUGAAGGUCGAGCUAAUCAGGCACAAUAUUUUAAUUACGAAUACGAAUUAUUCGGCGCCUAGUUAUCUUUUCAUCAUGCAGAUCCUUUAAGGUUUUUUUUUUUCGAAUAUAGUUGACUAGACAAUUUCGUGUGGUGAGGUGAAGUGUUGAGUUUCACUCUCUCGCCCCAGGAUCUUCUCGUACGUAGUAAAUACAAAGGGUGAUAUUUUGAUGUAAUUGUUCGAUUACCUUCCUGUUCAAUUUUUCUUUAAUUAACCACAUCCAAAAAGAAAAUAACAAUGUUAACAAUUUGAAUCAAGGAUCUGAAAAUGGAACCACAGCACUUUAUGAGAUUUUGUAUGGUAUAUAUGCUGAAUUAUAGAAUGUAUUCAGGCCUGUACAUUAGGCCUUAUUUUCACUACUGCUCAAGAAGUGUUUAAUUUACUACAAAGAUCACCUCCAUAUUCACAACUAAAUUGCCUGCUAUACUCUCCUACUAAUGCAGCACCACAGUUUCUUUUAUUAGAAACUUAUCCCCCUUACUCAAAAAACAAUGCUGUCAAUUUCAUCAGUCCUAAUUUUACUGAGAAACAUUUAUCAACUAAAUUUCUGUUGAUCUCUAUGUAACAAAUAGUAAAUCAGUCUGGGAUUAAUUUUUAACAAUGUGGCAGUUUGUUUGGGUUGGUCUUUGUGAUUGAUUUCUUUCUUAGUGUUUUAAGGAGUGAAUUUUUGAGCUGAGCCAUUCAGCUUAGCUGACUCUGUUUUGCUUAGUUUGCUACUCAGUUUUGUCCCAGUAUUGUAUGAAAUGAGCCAUUAUGAGAGCCAGCUUUGCUUGCUGUGAUCUUUGCACAAUGAACACUGUCCUAAAUGUUCCCAGGUCAAACUUUCUGACAGCAUAAUGACUAUAUUUACUGGGUAAAUGGGUUCCAGGUAUGCAAGCUUUUCAGAAUCACAACUGUGAACAAUGCUGAACUUUUCUCUGCAUAUUAACCCUUUAACUCCCACAAGUGACCAAGACAGAAUUUCUCCUAACAAUGUCAAUACAAUAUCAAGCAGACAAGUGAUGAGAAUAAAAGAAAGUCUUAAAAAAGAGGAUUAUUAGUUGAUCCAAUACCAAAUUCUCCAAACUAACAUCACAGGAACCAUACGGCAGACAGUAAGGAGAAUUACUAAUGAGAUCUUGGGAGUUAAAGGGUUAACGCCUGCAGUGCUCAUUGAGCACAAAACCAAAUUUAACACUAGAUUUUCAAACUACCCUUAUUUCCAAAUGGUAGAGUGCCCUGAGCCAGUUCAUGACAAUAAGACUUUGUAUGAAAGACUACAAGAACAAAAACAGAAAAAACAGGAUGAAUGGGAUGAACAACAUCAGUUGAGUAAGUACUUGUGUUUCUUUUUCAGUGCUGAGUGUAUUUCAGGAUAGGUUUUGAGCCUGAUUAGAAACAAUUUUAUUCAGAGUUUUCUUUGUAACAGACUAUCUUGACAUAUUUUGCCCUGAAUAGAAUAAAUAUCUCCAAAUUGUUGUCUCAUUAAAAAAAGUUUAUCUGAAGUUAUGUGACCACAAAAUUGGGUAAUAUUCUGCACUCCUGUGAAAGAUGAUAACCGAGAACUAGUUACAAACAGUGAGUAAUGAAGUAUCCAUUACAAUCUCUUCUGUGAGAAAAAAUUAAUUAUGAAAAAAGGUUAUCAUCAAGAAUGAGGAAGGUAAGUGACUUAUUAUGAACUAAAUGAAGUUAUUCUACAGUCAAUGUCAACAAGAUUGUUGGGUUGACUUCUCUAUGGCUCAUGAUGUUUAGGUGUGUAUGUUGUGAUUCAAUUUUAUCCUUAGCUCAAAUUUCAUUUUCUUUUGUUUUUGGGUAUUGUAAUGUAUGUUAAUGAGUUUGAAACAAAGGAAAAUAAAAUUUGAACCAAGGAUAAUAUUGAACCACAACAUGUAUAUUGCAUUCAGCUAUAUUUUAUAAGAAAUAUUAAUGUGUACUAUUACAGCAAGAAUUGAGGACAAGGUGGUUAAACCACAAAGGUCCAGUUGAGUAAAUCAGAAAUCCAGUUGAGCAUUAAGUACACUCGCAAGUAGUGCCAUGUUGGACAUAAAUGACUCACCACGAAAAGUAUAUCAAAAUGCUAAGCACUAAUAGGCUAAAUGUUGAGAUGUAAUUUUGAAGGUGAUGCCCAAACAUCAUAUCCAUAUACUACUUCUAUAUCUUGAAAAAUAUCUUUUUUUGUUUAGAAAAUAUGAUAAGGGGCCUUGAUGGUGAUGAGACAGUGUUUCUUGACCUGGUUGCUAAGCAACAAGAGGAGAUAGCCAAUCGCAGAUUUAAUGAAGAAUCACAAGAAAUCAGAGAGUAUAGGGUAUACAAUAUAGUUAUUGUUUCCAUUUAUCUUUUUUUCUGUGGUCUUAGUCUUUGUGUCUAGAGCUGAUAAGGAAGGAAAGCAAUCACACUGUCUGGCCCUAAGUCAUUUGUGACUCAAAUUUCCUUGUGAGUACCAAGGAGAUUCUGAUGUUGCAUUGAAAGUCAUUAAAAUCUUUAUUCCACAUAUUCAAUUGAUUAAUUUCAACUUAUCAUUUCCAAUACAAAUCUAAUUUGAUAAGAAAAGUUUGAACCUAAACUAUGCUUAAGUAGGCAGAAGUGGUCAUCAAAUUUUCUUUCUUUUGUUGAUUUAGGAUGCAGUUUCUCAGUUUCAGAGUGCCAUAAUAGCUGAGCCAACAACUACCAAACCAGCUGGGUCAGCAGUAUCUCAACGAAAGUCCUCACAGGAGUCUGGGGCCAAAAAAAGUCAACUACAACUUAUAGCGGGGGCCAUUAAAAGAAAAAGGUAUGAAUACUACUUCAUAUAAGAGAAGAGAGCAUGAAUCAGCUCAUUUGUUUCAUCAAAUUUGUCACAAAAAGGUCUACAGCAUGCAUAUAUGUUUUGAUGCAUGGAAACAUUGUCACAUGCAAGCAUGCAAUCAAUUGCGUCUAAAUAUAUGCAUUUCCAAAUCAAAUGCAUAAAUAUGUCUUUCCUCUUUUCUUUGCAGUAGUAGCAGUAGUCAAGAGUCUCCAGAAAAGAAGUCAAAAGCUUCCAACGAGUUUGAGAAAAGUAAGAAUUUUGCAAAAUUGAGACGGUUUGAUCUUCUACAACUGCUAUGAAAAAGUCAGUUAUUUCAAAACAUUUCGGGCGAGUGACACACUGCGAAGCCCUUCGCGUCUAUCUCGCGUUCACUUCGCCUCACGCUCACGCUCACCACUGCUCCCGUCUGGAAAAUACAGAAAAUUGACACCUGUUCUGAAGGCUUAAAGACGUGUGAUUUUUAUUAUUUUGUGAGUGGGUGAACAACUCAAGAAAUCUUUUGCAUCUUCUGUAGAAAAGGAGGCACCUAACAGUGCGUUGUCCUUAUCUGGGAGUUUGUUGUUAUAUUCAGUAACAGAACACGCUUUUGAGCUCAAAUCCCAUCUUAUUCCCCACACAGUAACGUCAGAGACACACGAAGAGAGGAACAUUAGAUCUGAGAAAUCAAGUGCGAGUGCGGAAGAAGACGACCUGAAGAAAAGACCUUUUGCAAACAGAACUGACGGUGCUUCGAAAUGUGAAACAAAGUCUGGUAUUAAUCAAGAAAAGCAGGAAAAACAGGUUAUACCAGGACUUGGAGCUUAUUCAGACUCAAGUGAUUCAGACUCGUCGUCUGAUGAAUCUUAAUGGAGUGGUCUCUGGUGAAUGAACUUUUUCUCAGUGGUUGGAAGGAAGGUCAUAAAACAGAAUCUGCGAAGCAGAUUCAUUUAAGUGAAUAAGUUGAUAACAUUCUUUCUAAAUGAAAGUCAUGAAAAAGGAAUGGUGAGCCAUUGGAAAGGUCAUCAUGCGGACUGAACGCAUGCAGUGAGUUUAUGUUCAAGUGCAACAUGGACGAAAACUUUCAAAUGACAGUGAAUUUUACUUUGCAGUUUUAGCUUUUCAAUAAAAAACUUCAGAAUCCAACAGGAAUCCAACCUAGUUCAGUGUGGAAAGCAAUUUGCCACUGAAUUAUAUUUGCCAUAAUACUCUCUUUGAUUGGUCCAAGUAACUCAAAUCACUUCAGAUAAUCAGAUGCAGUACUAAGUCUAUCCUAACUUGGUUGCAAGCGUUUUGCGCGCGCACUGGUGCAUGUUUACUUAUUUGAAGAGUUCUUAAUGGCUUUGUCUGUAUUUUAAUAGGCCGUCGCAACUACUUUGGACAUUAUCGAAAGGCUAUUCUACUCCGGAACCUUUCAGAUUCAACAAAAUAAAUUAUAUUUGAAACUUAAGCUGCAUGAAGUGUAAUGUUUUCCUAGGAUGAAGUCUUGACAGACCAGACAGAUCACCCGGUAAAGACUGUUGGUUGGUUCCAGAU